GGAAAUCUCCCUCGGCGCAAACAGAGGCGGUUGAGCGGGGGAAGCGACCGCGCGACGCCCCUUCGAUUGCACCACGGGUACUGACUGUGCUUGCACUUGCAGGAACGUUGUGGCCAUUCUGUGUCGGCUGCCAUUCAGAGGGGCUGCACGUGGUCAUUAGGUCGUCGCCAUGGUGAGACGGAGAGCAGCUGCUGUUGAGGACACUGUUCAAAAUGCAGAAGAAAUUGAAGUCACAACAAGGAGGACAAGAAAACGAGCUUGCAAAGAUGCCAUUGAAGAGGUGACCGUUAAGAAACAGCCCAGAAGAAAUGCUAAAAAGAAAAGCAACAAAACUGAAGUCAAGGAAGAGGAAGAGGAAGAGGAAGCAAAGAUCAAGAUAGAGCCAAAAGACGAAGGAGAAGAGAAUGGGGAUGAGAAGCCUUCCACGUCCAAAAGAGGAAGAAAGAAGAAAACUCCUGCCGAAGAUGCCACUCCUGUUGACGACGAGAGACCAUCAACGUCAAAGAGGGUCAAGCCCAAAGAGGAAAUUAAAGUCGAACCCGAGGAAGCAGCACCUGCGAAAACUCCAGGUGGGGGGAAAACCAAAGGUAGAAAGAAGAAGGAAAAAGUGUCAGGCACAAGUAAUGAAGAAAAGGAGAACAAAGAUACCAGUAACAUACCUGUUCAAAAGUCUGGUGCCAAGACAGGUGUUGACAGAGUUGUAGUUGUGAAAGGCAGAGCAGCUGUAGAUGCACUUUGCCCAAUUGCAAAGACAUCUCAUGUGUACGAAGAGGAGGAUGAUAUCUGGGACUGCAUGCUUAAUCAGACAAAUAUAGAAUUCAACAACAACAAAUACUACCUUAUUCAGCUCUUGGAAAGCGAUGCAGGAAAUACUUUUUCGGUGUGGAUGAGAUGGGGCCGAGUUGGAGCCAAUGGCCAGAACUCUCUUCAACCUUGCGGGAGUGAUCUGGAAAAAGCCAAGAGUAUUUUUUGCACCAAGUUCAUCAAUAAAACCAAGAAUGAAUGGCAUGAACGCCACAGUUUUGAAAAAGUGAAAGGCAAGUAUGAUUUGCUUGCUAUGGACUACUCUGAUGGUAAGGAUGAACCGGACUCAAGUGCAGCCAAAGAGGAGAUAAAAGAAAAGCGCAAAAAGCUGGAGUGUCAACUAGAGGCAAGGGUGAAGAUCCUGAUUGAGUUAAUCUGCAACAUCACCACGAUGGAAGAAACUGUUGUGGAGAUGAAGUACGAUGCUCGAAAGGCCCCUCUGGGAAAACUAACUGUUGACCAGAUUAAGGCUGGUUAUCUUGCCUUAAAGAAGAUUGAUGAUUUGAUCCAGAAAGGAAGUUACAAGAACAUGGAACUGGUUAAUGCAUGUAAUGAUUUCUACACAAGAAUACCACAUUAUUUUGGGAUGAAAGUCCCACCUCUUAUUCGCACAAGAUCAGAACUUCAGGAGAAGAUGUCAUUACUUGAGGCUUUGGGAGAUAUUCAAGCAGCACUCAGUGUUCUAGACCAGCCUAUAGACAUCAAUGUUCAUCCAGCUGACCAGCACUACCUAAGCCUCAAAUGUGAGAUUUCUCCUGUUGAGAAAGAAGCUGCUGAUUUUAAGGUGAUAGAGAAGUACCUGCUGAAAAACCAUGGCAAGACCCACACUCAGUAUUCGCUAGAAUUGUUGGAGUUGUUUGAAUGCAGGAAAGAGACUGAAUACGAAAGAUUCAAGGAUGUUGGGAAUAACAUGUUGUUAUGGCACGGCUCCCGACUCUCUAACUGGGCUGGAAUCCUGAGCCAGGGUCUGAGGAUAGCACCUCCAGAAGCUCCUUCUACUGGAUACAUGUUUGGCAAAGGCAUCUAUUUUGCUGACAUGGCGAGCAAAAGUGCCAAUUACUGUUGGGCAACGCAGAGGAAUGAAGUUGGCCUGUUGUUGUUGUCAGAAGUCUCAUUGGGAAAGACAAAUGACUUGCUUGAUGCAGACUAUGAUGCCAACAAACUCCCCAGUGGUUGUCACUCAGUCAAGGGCUGCGGGAAAUUUGUUCCACCAAGCAAGAACUUCACAAAGUUAUCUGAUGGAACUGUGGUACCAUUGGGACCUGCUGUAAAUUCAGGGUUGAAUAACCCCAAAGGUUACACACUCAUGUACAAUGAAUUCAUAGUAUAUAAUCCUGCACAAGUACGUACAAGGUUCCUUUUAAAGGUGAAAUUCCAUUUCAGGUAGACUGUUAACCUGUUGCCGACGGGUAGACACGUGCUAUGCCCACUGUUAGUACUUGUUUGAUUGUUUUAACACAUAGAUGGCUAUACUUGUACUAAGUCACCAAUGAGCAGUUACGAGUACUGCCCAUCUCGCCCGUUCACC